AUGACAUUUGUUUAUUCCUCUGUGGUAUUUCACAUUUAUCCGUACCUCCGUGGAAACAGCAUUCCAUCAGAUCGUAACUAUCGUUCGGCCGUAGUCACCAUUUGGUCAGCGGUGAAGCGAGGAAGGCUAAACCUCCAUCUCGUGUUAGUGUGGAGACAUACGACUUAUGAUUACAUGACGUACAACUGAAAAUCGAGUCGCACGUGUGGGAAAAUGGCUCACGAAGGUCAACAUCAGUCCCCGCUUGAAUUGAUAACCCACAAUGUGAGAAGCAUUUUAGCUGAUGUUCUUAACAAGCUUGAGUGUGGAGAUGUGGAUCAUAGCAUUGACUUUGCUAGAUACAGAGUUGAAUGGCUCUGUUCAGUACUUGUGAGGCUUGGAGGAAGUCUUAAAGAAAACCUACUGCCUCGCCUACAAGAGGCCCAGCAAUUACUUGCCAUUCUCGAAAGGGGCGAUUAUUUUAACUGUACAAGUUAUGCACCUCCAGUGAUUAAAACCGCAUAA